AUGACGCUCCAGAUGGAAGGGCCAGGGUGCCGUCGGGCAGCCGGCGGCUUUCGGAGCCAGAGGACGGACUCGAGCCUCCCCUGCAUCAAGGACGACGAGCCCGGCGAGGGCGAGGCGGCGUCGGCCCCGCGCUCGGAGAGGAGCGACGAGGAGAGCGACGGUGACGACAACGAGGACGACCAGCUCCGCUUCGUGGCACGGGAGGUCUGGACGAGGCGCGGCCAGAUGACGCGGCUUUCCGUGCAGCCUAUCCGGGACAGGAAGGCCAGCGCCAUGCUGAUCUCCCGCAAGAGCACGGCGGGGCCUCAGGAUCAGUAUGCGGUCGGCCUCGCCGCGAAGUGCAUGGUCCACCCAUCUGCUACGUGGAGACUGUUGUGGAGCUUGGUUUCAGUGAUUGUUCUUUUCUAUGACAUUCUGAUGAUUCCGGUUGACAUUUGCUUUGAUCUGCCAGACACACCUGAGAAGUAUGUUUUCGAGACGUGCCUCGCAACCUUCUGGCUCAUUGACAUGCUCAUUCACUUCGCGACAGGGGUGCACAAGGAUGGCUACCUCGAAAUGCGGCCUAAGAUGGUCGCUAUAUCGUACCUGCGGACGUGGUUCGUCUUCGACUGCCUCCUGGUCUGCUCCGAGUUUGCCUGGCUGCUGCUGGCGUGGGGCCCGGCGGCCGAGUCCGUCUCGCUCUUGCGGAUCGCACGCACGAUGCGCCUCCUGCGCCUCCUCCGCGUAGCGCGCCUGUCGCAGCUGAGCAACGACUUGUUGCUCUUCGCAAAUGACGGCAUCGUGCUUUUCGUGGGGCUGUUGAGGGCUGCGCUGCAGAUGUUGCUGAUGGUGCACAUAGCCGCGUGCUUAUGGUACCCGAUUGGAUCGGAAGACAGCCAGGGCUGGGUCUACCGACUUCAUAUCGAUCGCAAGAGCUUGUUCAGCCAAUACACGUACUGCUUUAAUUGGGCGAUCUCAUUGCUGCACGGUACCCACUUCGUGCACCCAGUUACGAUAUCCGAGCAGGUUUUCGCCUCCUUCUACAGUCUCUUGUCACUCGUCAUGUAUGCCUUCUUCAUCGGGAAGAUGGUCCAGGCGGUGGAAGCCAUGGAGGAGAAACACCACAUCCAGAUGCAGCGUUUAUGCAGGCACUACCUCAGACGCCGCAACCUGUCGGCGGAGUUGGCAAUGAAGUUGGAUAAAUAUUUCAAUAAGAAUAACGCGAACCUCCGGAAGACGCUUAAUUUGCGAGAGCGGCUCGAGCACGAGACCAGGCUCGUCGAGGAAUUGCCCGCAGUGCUGCAGAUGGACCUCUACGAGGAGGUCCGACGUCCGCUGCUAGAACAGACUAAGAUGAUCAGCGACCUGAAGCUCGCGCAGCGGGACUCGCGGGUGCUCCGCGAGCUGUGCCACGAGGCUAUCACUGGCGAGGUCAGCCUUCCUGGGGAGUUGGUGUUCACGAUGGGUGAUCCGUGCUCGAGGACGCUGGUCGUCGAGUCAGGGAGAAUGACUUACUACCAGGGCCUGGUCACUGACGCGGAGGCAGCGUCGGCGUCCCUGAGCACUUGGAUGGCGCGCGACCCGGGCGCCGCCCCUCCCACUGACAACGACGACCAGGCGUGCGUGGUGCACGAGAGGAGCAGCGACGGAAACCUGCGCGAGGACUCCGCCCCGCGGAGGAUCAGGUUGACGGGUUACCAGAACCAUACCCAGCCGCUCGGCGAAAAGGGCAGCCUCUCAAGCACGGAGCGCGAGUUCCUGGAGAGGCAGAUGGGGCGUGGCGUCCACGUCAGCGAGGCGGUGCUCUGGACCAAGUGGGUGCACUGCGGCGACCUGGUCGCAGACUCCGACGCCACAACACUGGCGAUGGAGGCGCAGCGCUUUGCCGAGAUCAUCUGCAAUCACGAGAGGGCCCGCGUACAUGCGAUGCACUACGUUCAGGGCUUCAUGUCGCACUUGAACGAACUGAGCAACGAUGAGGCCUUCACAGACCUUCUGCAAAUCCCGUCGGACGUGUUCAACAAUGCAACGUCUUUGCACCACGCUAACACGAUAUUGCACCCGUCGCAUCAUCUCCUCUUCCUUUCGCACUACAAGCAGGAGGCAGGUACUGAGGCAACCCUAUUGGAGGAGGAAGUCUGCAGCCUGAUCCGCAGGGACCCGUCCAAUGUUGCAAACGAUUUCCGCAGACCAGUUUUCCUCGAUUCGCAGGACUUGCAGGAUCUCAGCAGGCUGGAGAAGCACGUGCGCAGGAGCCACUACUUGAUUCUGUUGCUGACCCCAGGUGUGCUCUCGCGUCCUUGGUGCUUGCUGGAGAUCGUCACUGCCGUGAGGUCUGGAGUGGAGAUCAUGCCAGUCGAGAUACAGCGCCCAGGCAUGCACUUCAAGUACCCUGACGAACCGUGGCCCACGGCCGAGGUCGAGCGUUGGAGAUCGACGGUGAGCAGUGCCCACUUCGGCAGCGCCCGCGGCCGCCCGCUGCGGGCCGGCUUCGCGCUGGCGGUGGCGCAGUGGCGGGGCCCGUGGUGCUCGCAGUCCCAGCGGGCGCUGAUGGACGCUGUGAAGCUGUUGCAGACGAAAGGUGUGCAGCUGCAGGAGCUGGCAGUGGCAAUCAAGAAGGUUUUCCUCAAGAUCGCGCUGCCUUUCUCGCCUCAGAAAUCGGGCACGAUCCGGGAGGCAGAGGUGCGAGACAUCUUGAGCAGCAUUAUCAUGAAGUGGCUGCUGGCAAUGCCGCUACACUGUGACAGCGAUUUCACUCGACGAGCCACGCCGGCGAUGAGCGUCAGCAGGACUGCUUUGCUGCUGGCCGCCGCGAUCUGUGCAGCCACGUCGCCCACGGCUCAGGCCAAGGACGGGCUGCCGCCAUGGUGGAUUCUCAACGGCGUCCGCCCCGCGGGGCAGGAGAAAGACAUGGGCACGUACACCGUGCAAACGUUCUCUAAGGAGCAGCAGCACGGCUUCGGCGUCGGCGAGGCGGGCGAGGUCGUCGACGCCAAUCGGUUCGACGCGGCCCUGCGGGCCCUCCGUGCAGGCCAGCGGCUGGUCGUGGCGCAGGAACCGAUGAUCGCACCCCUUCGCCAGCUGGUGGACCCCGCUGGCCCGCAGGUCAGCGGAUCGGGCGUCGAGGUGCCAAAGGGCUACAUGGAGCCCAUCAUGGUCUGA